GUAAAAACCAGGAAGCAAAUCGAAAGAACAAUCCGACUGAACAUUCAAGAAAAGGGAAAAAUAGAGUGAGUGCUUUUAGACAGAACAAACAUGAAGUAUGUCCCGUCCUAGCGGUAGCGGGAACGAGGAAGAGUUCGCUUACAGCAGUUCGGGCUCCGAGGGGGAGGGGCCGUGGGAGGGUGAGCGACCCACAGGGAAGUCCGUCCUCAACGUGUUCAAGGGAUACCACGUUCCGGGCAAAUACAAACCAAGUAUGGACGCAAGCAUUGUACAAAGCAUAGACCAACAGUCAAACGACAAUCAAAAUACGGAACAAUCAGAGGACAGCGCAGUGUCUCGAAGCGAGACAAACAGACUAAGUGUCAAAAACAGAAUCAGCAUGUUUGAAGCAAUAACAGAACCGUCAGUCGUAGCUUGCAUGCCCGAUUCAAUGCAACAGCGGCACUCAGUUUCAGAAGAUUGUUCAAUCAUUGGAGCUACAAUGACACCAGAAACGAACGAGUCUGGGAAUAAGGGCUCUCGGCCUCCUGUGCCCCCCAGACCUUCCAAGUCCCUAGUAGUUUCAGAAUCGAUAACGCCAACCCUCACAGAGGACACGAUCGAGACUAAAGCGACAGUACUUUCAGUUGACUCGGAUGACGAGCAAUCAGCGAAAAUGGUGUUUAAGAAUGACUUUACCAAAUCACUUUUUGCUGAUGCUCCGCCUCCGGAUGUUGUGGAACAGCCUCUUCAGUCGGAUAUUCCAAUGGAAAGUUUUGUUAUAUUGAGCAAAGAAGACGAACUAUUCCAAUCCGAAAUUGUGAGUACAACAAACACAGAUGAAGGGACCGAUGUGGAUAAAGAAUUUCUUGGGGUGAAAUUAGAAAGUGAUGUGGAUAUGAGGGAUGAGGCAAACAUACAAGAAAGUGUAGAUCGUUCAAAAUUAAAUGAUUCGGAGUUUGAUGAAGAUAUUACAGCCGUUGAUUUUGGAUCGGUCCAAAUGACGGAUGAUACUGUAAAUGUCCGAACUGAUGACAUAGAUGAAAAGGAAGCCGGUUCUGAGGAAAACUCCAUAACAGAGAUCAUUUCACAAGUUCAGUCUGACAAAGAUGGUGUAAAUUCUGAAGGCGUUAUCCAAUUGACAGAAAAGGAAGUAUCAGUACCUUCUGUAGCUGACUCAAAAGAUGAACAAGUUAAAAGUAUGGAAACUGCAGAAUUAGUUUCACACGUUAUUGAUACAACAGAGGAAGAAACUGAUAAUACUGAAAAAGAAAUUGAACUAGGCGAGCCGCCCGUUUCAUCCGUGACACCAGAUCCUGACGAAACAAAGCAGACAUCUGAAAGUAAGGAAAAUGAAAUGGGAACCAAUGAAUUGCAAACAGAUCCUCCUGACGAAACAAAGCAGACAUUUGAAAGUAAGGAAAAUGGAAUGGGAACCAAUGAAUUGCAAACAGAUCCUGACGAAAUAAAGCAGACAUUUGAAAGGAAGGAAAAUGAAAUGGGAACCAAUGAACUGCAAACAGAUCCUCCUGACGAAACAAAGCAGACAUUUGAAAGUAAAGAAAAUGGAAUGGGAACCAAUGAAUUGCAAACAGAUCCUGACGAAAUAAAGCAGACAUUUGAAAGGAAGGAAAAUGAAAUGGGAACCAAUGAAUUGCAAACAGAGAUACAAGACACUGGCCUAGCAGAAGAAAGUGCUGAUUCGUCUGAUGAUGACAGUUUUAAGGAUUGUAACGAGGGGGACGAUAUCGAAAUGUUUCAGUCAAUGCAACCGCUUGAGCACUUUGAAGAAAAAGGCGACAUUGACUCCGACGAUAACAAAGUUGAUGAUGUCACUGAAGAAAUGCCGAAAACAAAUGCUGCAACUGAAUUCGAUGAAAUGUUUCCGUCUAUCGAAAUUAUUGGCAGUGGGACCAUCAUUCAGCCUCAACAAGCCUAUUCUAGUAUGUCUAGUUCAGUUGGCUCUUCAGAUAUGUUAUGGUCAAUAAUACCACAAACUAUUGACGAAAAUAUUGAAGAAGGUAAAGAGGGCAUUUCGUCUCAGUCAUCAGGCAGUUUUUCAAUACUAUCAAAAUCUGAUAGUGACGAAAACAGUCAAAUCGUCGAAAACAGUCAGAUCGUCGACAACAGUCAAAUUGUCGAAGAAACCAUUGCUGUGCCAGACCAAUGUCCAUCAAUGGAACGUUCCACACCUUUAUCUUCUGAAGGUGUUUGUUUUAACCAAUCUCUACCUGUUGAUAAAGAUGAGGUAAAAGAAAUGCGUCCCUCCCAUCUGAAAGAGACCAAGGAAGUUAAACCCACAGGAAGAUUUAAGGAGACACCGAAACAAGAGGAAAUGGGUACAGCUGCUCAGAAACCACCACCUGUUGUCCGCCCAACGACGUUUCAAGACUAUAUAGUGAAGAGCGGUGUUGCAGACAUUUCGACACAUGAUGGUGAACAAAAGAAUCAUCUAUAUGGUGCAUUUGAGGACAACCAAACGCCACCCCCACCACCUCCUCCUAAGUCACAAGCAGUCCUUGAGGAGCUUAAGUCAUUGGCAUCACAACAUGCCAAUACACCAACCCCAGAUGAUACCAAGCCGUUCCCAGUUGAUCAAGUUAGGGUCGACCAGUCAGAAGAAAGUGAAACACAAGCAGAUAUAAUGACAACAAGUGUAGAAUGUGGUAAUUACAGUAACUACACAUACACUCAAGGGUAUCAGCCUGCUGCUGGAUAUGAUGCCAACGCUUAUCAAGGGCAAUAUGGAAUGCAAGCGGGACAACAGUAUGAUCCGCAGCUAUAUUGGCAACUUUAUCCAGGACAGCAACCAUUCACGCCAAAUGCUCAUUAUCAGGCACCAAGUUUACCACCGGAAUAUUAUCCUUACCAAUAUUAUCCUCCGUAUGCACAGAAUUAUCCAACCAGUCUGCAGUUCAACAGUUCGAAUACUAGUGAUCAACCACACAUUCCUGCUCAGGAACUCGAAAAAGUUCCAACAGGACAGAGUAAUGCAUCUGCGCAUGCUCCUGAGUUUGUUGGUGAAGCUUCGAAGUUAACGUCUGACUACGAGAAUGGUCCUUCCAAACAAAAAGGCAAAGAAUCUUUCAAACCAAAGAAAUCGCAAUCGCCUAGGAAAACAAAGGAUACGUCAAAGCAAGGGCAACAUAGAACUCCUACCGAGACAACUUCGAAACCGCAAGCUAAGCAUGCUCACGAUAGUAAACAACACCAAAAACAUGUGCCGAAGAGGAACCCAACAAAACAGGCACCGAAGCCGGAACACAGGAAGUCAUCGGCAGGUAAGCAAGAAAAGGCUGUAACAGACGCACGAAAAGAAUCUACACCGAUAAAGGUUGAAAAAGACACUACGAAGUACUGUAUAUUUGCAAAAGGAAUAGACAAAACCGCGUCUGAAGAACACCUUAUCAAUCUCUUCGAAGUUUGCAUGGGCAACACUGCUGACUAUAUUCUAGAUUCAAUGGUUUUCAACUUCUCAAAAACGUGUGCCGUGUUUUCUGUGAAAGGAAAACCUGAUAUGGAGAACAUGAAGACUAACAUGGCGAGGAAGAAUUUGUCCUUUCAGCCGGAGCUUAACCUACUGGACACAACACCGAUGAUUGCCAUUAGCUGUAACGGCGCUGUGGCGGUUGGCAUGCUUGAGCUUUACUUUGAAAGUGAGAGAAAUGGAGGAGGAGACGUAGAGGGCACCCCUUAUGAGACCGACGACGGAAACUGUACUAUUGUGACUUUCUCAGAUGCGGAAGUUGUCGAAAGGGUUUGUGCCAAAAAGGACCACAUUUUGAACGGACAGUCACUUCGAGUGUCGCCAUUUUACAAGUGCGAGUUGGGCGAACUGUAUGAUGCAAAACUGCACAAGUUUUCUCUCCCAGAGCCAAUUGUUCUUACAUUGUCUACGGUUAAAACUCAACUUUUGAAAAAGGAAUGCUGUUCAAAGUUGCUGGAGGACUUAAAAGCACAUUACUGCGAAUGCGAUAUAUCGGAGACAACGCUUACCCUCACUUGUUGCCUCUGUCCUAUCACACCAAAAGUAAAGGAAUUAAAGAGAAGUUGGGACAGGGAUGUGGUUAAUCUGGUCAAUCAUUUUUUUGAAAAUAACACAGACAACCGCAAGCUGAACUUUAACGACAAGAUUGUCACAAAUGUCGUAGAACAUUGCACUACCUUCUCCAAUCAUCCAGACGUUGUGGUAAUCUGUGAUGCAGCAAAGUGCUUUAUAGAAGUAUAUGGCUUGAGGACAAGUACAUCUUCUGUUUUUGAAGACAUCCAAGGCAAGGUGAAGCAGUGGGAAAGACAACUGACAAGGACAACCGAACGGAUAACUUACUCGUUUCUUCACUUGAAAUUGAUGGAAAAACUCGGUCUUAUUAGUAGGCUUAAAGAAAUACAGGAGCUUGAUGUCAGAGUUGGUGAUGAUUUUGUUGAUUUAGAGGGACAACCAGACGACAUAACGCAUGCAAAACUUGAAUUACAUAAGGGUAAAGACAAAAUGAAAUUCACUAAAUAUGAACAUGGGCUAUCGUUUCAAUGUGCUGAGCUUGUCCGAUCAAAGAAAAAAGUAAUUGCACUUAUUGACGAAAGCUUUAAAGAAAAGGGAAUCGAGGCCUCGUGGAAAUUAGAAGGAAGUGCGUUCCACGUCGUGUUUGUGAAGGAUCAAGAAGACGAUUAUGGAUAUGCAGUUAUGGUUGAUAGGGACUCGGACAUAGUGAGUGUCUUCUCAAAUAUUUUGGAGAAGUCUAUUAAAUAUGAAAGGGACGACAAGGACGUGUUCCAUUCUGAUGAAUGGACACAGUUUAUUACAGAUUUAACUGAAGAUCAUGAUGACGUUGCUGGUUUUGAUAUCGUCGAGAAAACGUGCCGACUCGUUAUGCAUGGAUGGCACAAAAACGUGAACGAAAUGUACAAACGUAUAGAGUCUUUCCUUGACACGCGAGUCUUGAGGACACUAGUUUUGAAACGAGGAACAAUCCCAAUUCGUUUUAUACAAAAGUUCAAACGUGAUGUUAUUGAUGAUUUGCAAAACAAUCUUAAAGAACGCAAUGGCUUUAUUGCAUUUUGUGAAGACAAAGAAACUGUUGAUAUUCGCGGCAACAAGGAAGAUCGAGACAUGGCCCGUGAUGAAUUGGAAAAAGUGUUCAAUUCAAUUAUAAAAGAGGAACACACCAUUGAAAAGGUGUCAGUGAAGGAUGUUUUUCAAGAUGAAAAAGCGCGUGGAAAAAUCGAUGAAAUAGAACAGAGUACAAGAUGUGUGAUACAGCUUCCAGGUCAGCAAGAAACAUUCGAGUAUGAGACAGAAGAAGAUGCAUACGAAAAGAUUGGAGAUGAUCAAGUUCCCGGGGCAAAGGCAGCACCAGGUAAAGCAGCGAUGACGAGUGAUACUGAUUCGUUUCCAGCAAAGAACGGAACGAACAUUUCUAUUGUACUUGGAGAAAUAGGAAAACAAAAGGGAGAUGUUUUCGUCGUGUCGACGUCCCCUAGUUUAAACCUGAAAGGAGGACAAGCAGGACGCGCGAUUCUACACGUAGCUGGGCAUGACCUUCAGCAAAAGAUUAAGAAAGCCUAUCCGGAAGACAUUGCAUAUGGGGAGAUUGCUGACGUUGAAGGGGGAAAAAUGAAAUGUGACUGUAUGUACCUCACAGCUCUGCCUGGAUGGAAAGCUGCAGACCAUAAAGCACAGGAGGUGCUGAAGAAACUCGUGCAAGACUGCCUCAAAAAGGCUGCAAAAGAAAAUAAGAUGUCGAUAGUGUUUAGUGCAUUGGGAUGCGGCCAAUUGAAAUAUCCCGUGGAAGUUGUUGCGAGGAUCAUGUUUGAUACUGCGAUAGACUUCGAUAAAAACAACAAGAAAUCCAGCCUAAAAACAGUUCAGUUCGUGAUAUAUCCGUCAGAUGAACACGUUAAAAAGGCGUUCAAAGAUGAACUGAGAUUAAGGCGAGAUGGUGGUGGAAAAAGACCCGUUUACAAAAUGCAGAAGGGAAUGGCAACAAUUGAGCUCGUUGUGGAAAACUUGGCUGAACAAAAGGUUGACGUCAUUCUGUGUUCCACGUCUUCUACCAUGGACCUCAAACAUGGAGCGUGUCAGGCUCUUUUGAAAAAAGGUGGUAAGAAACUGGAGGAGGAGUGUGCAUCAAAAUAUAGCAACACUUUGGACGACUGUCAAAUUGCCGAAAUAUCAUCCGGAGAUCUUCCCUGUAAGAAGCUGUUUUUGACAGUUCUUCCACGCCAUGCUGGAGAAGAAUCUAUAACCAAAUUGAAAGAGAUGCUUCGUACAGCUUUCAAACUCGCUGAAACUCGAAAGUAUUCAUCCCUAGCCAUCCCGGCCUUGGGAACAGGCAAUUUGAAAUAUCCAAAAGAGGACGUUUGUCGCUGCAUGUUUGAAACCUUCAUAGAGCUUGGAAAACAAGAGGAAGCAAAUAAACCUUUUACUGUAAAGUUUGUGAUGCACGCCAAGGACCAUGACCUGAUUGGGAUAUUUCGCCGUUACUUGGAGAGCCGUUCAAAGCAGGGGAAAAGGGGGGAAAGGCACAUGCAAGAUGUUAAACGAAAGAAUCGAAAUAUUGCCCAUUCCAGCACAGGUUGUGACACCGUUGACUAUGGUAUUCGUAUUUCCGGAGUUGAUCUGAAGGUGUUCAUAGGCGACAUUCUUGAGCACACAGCCGAUGCAUUUGUUACCAGCACUGGAUCAAAGUUAGAAUUGCAUGGAGCAGUUGCCAAGGGAUUAAAAAAGAGAUGCCCGCAGUUAGAGGAACAGUGUCAAGCACAACUGUCAACAUUUCAAAGGGAUGGAAUUCUGGUCACUAAAUGUCCAGGGCUUAAAGCUAGCAAGACGAUACUCGUCAAAUAUGUGGACAGGCCAUCUGAAUGGACAGCGCAAAUGAGGAAGUGUUUAGAAGUAGCUAACCAAUCCAAGAUCAAAACAGUCGCUUUUCCCGUCUUAGGCUCGGGUGCAGGAUUUUCGCCUAUUAAACCAGAGAACAUAGCCGAAUCUCUUUUUGAUGCUCUUGACGAGUUUAUGUCAGAUGGAAACACUGAUUUGAUGAUUCGUGAGGUUCAUCUUAUCGUCUUUAAAACUCAAGCAGAACGAUUCCAACCAAUCAUAGAUGUAUUGCGUAGCAAGGCCAUGAAAGCGGCUUCAGACUUAAACAGUGGAUCAUUUGGACAGAUAAAGAAAGCUGGGAGGAAGUUUUGGAAGAAGACAAAGGAAUUUGUAGGUGUAGGCUAUAUGGCAUCUGAAGAAGGAGCAAUGGCACAACCCCGUCCUUCGCCCUCUUCUUCGAAAAGAAACACGUCGACUCUUGCACUGUAUAUUUACUCUGACUCCAGUGAAAAUAUACAGAGAUGUAAACAACGCCUGGAAACACAUCUUGAAGAAGCACUGAUAACCGCAUAUGAGAAACAAUACAAAACAAUCGUUUGCUCGUUAACAAAAGAGGAGAAAGAAGAGCUUGAAUCAUUGCCGCUGGUGGUUGACAUGAAAAUAGAUGUUAACGAUGGGAUAGUGAUAAUUAAAGGUGAAAGAAAGCUUGCAUUUGAAGCGCAAUCUAAUGUUAGAGAAAUGUUGAUGCGAUUUGAAAAGAAUCGAUGUGAACUUGAACAAUCUCAAGAACUCGCAAAAAAGAUAGAAUGGCAGUAUGAAGAAGAGGAUAACAACGAAACGAAAUACAAGUUCUAUGGGAAUUUACAAAGUUUCAAAAUGGAGAUGGCGUAUCAAAGAAAUGAAAAAUCUUUCUGUUUCAUGGACAAUGAUGUCGAAUAUGAGAUCGACUUCAAUGACUUGGUUGAAUACGCUAAACAUGACAAAGCAGAUCUCGUUAGUGUGGUUCGCAAGGAAAUUUUGAAAGGACAACAGGUGCCCUUGCCGAUUGACUGGAAGGCUAUGAAAGACGGUGUCAAUAUUAAGCUUAUAGAGCUAAAGCCUGAUGAAAAACAAUUCAAAGACAUUGAAACUCGCUUCAUGUUUGAGGUGAAGAAUGGGCAAUAUGCCAAUAGUCCAGGACACAAAUACGAUAAAAAUUCCAUGAAAAUUGUCAAGAUUGAACGCAUACAAAACAAGGCUUUGUAUCAGCAAUACCAAGCAAAGAAAAGCUUUCUUCAAGAGCAAAAGCCAAUCCUUCCACCGAAUAUGCCGUUAGAAAGAGAGCUCUGGCACGGAACUAAUGAAGCUGCCAUGGAUAACAUUAUUUGUCAUGGGUUCAAUCGGAGUUAUGCUGGUGAUAAUGCCGGUCAACCGUGGUACGGGCAGGGCGUUUAUUUUGCUCGUGAUGCCUCGUAUUCGGCUAGAUCUUGGAUGACCGGUGCAGGAACAGGAGGCAAAAAGGGAUAUGUGUUUUUAGUGAACGCUUUAACGGGCCACUUGUGCCAAGGAAAGAAAGGAAUGCGGGUUCUGGAGCCAGUAAAUAAGGCAAAGGAUCCGCUAGUUUUGUACGACUGCGCAGUCGACAGUGUAGCUAACCCUAUGGAGUUCGUGAUAUUUUCCGACACACAGGCCUACCCAGCGUACAUUCUCACUUUUUCAAGUGGAUAAUCAUCAUGUGUUGUUUUGCCUUUUGAAUAGUCGAGAAAUGUGGAAUUAUUGAAUAUUAUACUGAUGUGACCAUUGCACACGUCUUUUCGCAAAUUGUGUUUUGGACAAGGGAUCCUGUCGAUGUAAUUCUAAAAGGAUGUUUUAUCAGUUUAUGGAAAAUUGUUUCGAAUGUGUACUUUAUGUCCAGUCACCUUAAAAUGUAAUUCAAUUAAAUAACACGCUAAAACAUUUUAUAUUUUUGAAUGAUUAUGCUGUGAUGUUAUUAGAAUAAGUAUACAAGUAUAUUCAAAAGUAAGAACAUAUUUUCGUAGAGUGUUGUUCGCCCAACAAUGCUGAUACCGGUUGUAAGGCACAUAAAGUGUAAGUGAUUCAUGAGUAUGUAAUGUAUGUGUAUUUUCUCUAUCAUAACGUUACUCUUAUAAUAUGUAUAUUUUUAAAGUGAUUGUUAUUAACCGGUGUUAAAAUCAUAAUGCAUUGUAUUACAAUGAGAUGUUUUGUUAUUGUUGUAACGUAUUUGUAUAACGAAUAUAUUUUGUUGUGUUGUCAUUUGUAGAUUACAAGCUUGAAAAGCACUGGUACUGUUUUCACCAGUUUAGAAUUUGAAGUAAAUUUAGCAGGAUCAUAUAAAUUAUAAGGCUAGUUGUGAAGCAUGAAGCCAGUACGCUACCAAUGUACGCUCUCGACCUUUUUAAAAUCGAAAUCAAAUAGAUAAAGUUUUGCCUCUGUCUGAUAAUAAGUUUUUCUUCUUACAAGUUGACAGUUGACUAUUUCUAUGCCAAAAACGACAGCAGAAUCAAUCCAAUGGAUGAUGAGCGUGUUGCGUUCAGUAUUAGAAUAAUUUUAUAAUUUUCUUAGGUAAGAUAAUGUUUAUGUAUACAUUGAAUAUGUCUGUGUAAUUAUUUAAAGAUUAUUAUCAGAGUUGUAAAUUCUAUACAUGUUUAUUGUUGUUUUUGUUUCACUUUUUGGUGGAUAUCAUCUAAUGAUUUUUUCAAAUUCAUGUUUAAAACUGCACCCUUAUAGAUGGGCCGUUUUGACAUUUUAUGUCUUGGAAUGAACCAUUUUUGUGUACCUGUCUAAGAACUUGUUAAAUAAGACUGCUGACAAACGUUUGUAACUUCUUUAGCUACAAAACUUUCGAACGUAAAUAUGAAAAACUGCGAUCUGGUUUUUUACAACCAGCCUAUAUCACUGGUCUCCAGAUAUUUACGCGAAGGUUGGUUCAUUCCAAGACAAAAAAUAAAGUUGUCAAAACGAUCAAUCGGUGAGAGUGCAGCUUUAAGAUAACACUAUCAUUUAAUAAUUGUUCACUUUUAUGUUUAAGAAUUGAUUGUGUUUUCAUGUAUUAAACUAUUAUGUUGUGAUUUAUCAUUAACUGAAUUUUCUUGUGUGUACUAACCCACGCAUUCCAGUUUGACCCAUUUUCCGAGCAUUUAAUGUAUUCCUAUAACUGCUGGUGGACUAGACUUACUUGUCUGUGUGGUCUGUAUGCUUUGUCCAAUCGGAUAACACUAUUUAUCAAAUUUGUUGUACAUAAAUUUUGGUGAUUUGGCGUUGAGCGAAUUGAAAGAUUUAAACAGAGGCAGGAUCAGUAGACAACAUUUUAUCCCAACACUUAUCUGGAAUUGAGUGUCUGCGAUAUUCCAGGCUUUGUUUUGGUAAAUGAAUAAUCCUAACCUUUAACCAUUAUAUGCUGUUCGCUCAUAUUAGUUUUACAUUGUACGGCUGUAUUGUAAUUGUGUUUUUCGCAUUUGUAAUCCAUUGAGUGUUAUGUGACUGAAAGGGGAAUUUUGUUUUCGCAUCUUGAAGCAGUAAGUGGGCGAGAACCAUGUACAUCAAACUUAAGUUAAGCAUUUAAUUUUAAACACACGGCUUCGUUCUUUUUCCAGGUAUUUCGGAUCAUUCCUUUUCUUUUUUUAAAUAUAUUCCGUGUUCUUUCAUAAUAAGGUACUUAAAUCUGUAAUUUUUGGCUCUGUUUUGUUUUGUGUUUACUAUAUUUUGGCGAUUUAAAGUCAAAAACCGUGCGCGAUGACGCUUAACAUAAAAUCGACACAUGGCAUGGCCUUAUGUUAAAGUCAACACUAUUUCUGCUCGAGAUAAUCAGUUAUUUGCUUCAAACCUACAACACUUUCUGAAACAUUCGACGAGGAUCAAGGUUUCCUGUCUGGGUCUGUGAGUGUGUGGGUUACGUAUGUACGUUUGCCUCUCUAGUUCAGUGUUGUUUUCACCCUUGUCUUGUACCUCUAAACGGGGUUUAUGUUUGAUUUAUUUGCUUGGUCCUGUUUGUUUUCAUUAAAUUUUUCAAACCUACUAUGUUAGAGCACAUUUUGCUAUCCGUUUAAAUUGCUAUGUUUACUUUUUUAAUUAUAUUGAACGCAUGUUUAAUAUCUGAGCAAAUUACUUUGUUAAAUCAAACUUUGUUCUUCAUUACGUUGAUUGAAUUUCCAUUUCAUUUCCAUCUGAUGAUUAAAUCUCUGAUGUGCACCUUAGUAAGAAUGAAUAAAUUCAUCUCCAUUCA